AUGACGGAGGGUGUCCAGUCGACCGAAGAUGCAGCAUCUACACGAGCCACCGAACAGGCGCGCUUGCGCAAGGAGCGACGAGAGGCCAAGAUCAGAGCCGGAGGGGCAGCACGCCUGAACAAGAUUACGGGUCUUGGAGGCGGCAUCCAGAGAGACCCGGCACCGCAGCCACCGUCGGAACCGGCCACAACGCAGCAGCCAAUUCAACGCGACCCGUCUGACGACCCGGAAGAGAUGGAUAUAUCUGAGCAUUUCUACAAACCCCAGACGGCCUCCCGUGAUCAACCCGGCGAUCCAGCCAAUAUCACAGAAGGGCAGCUCCGACAAAUGAUGCUGGGUCUGAACCGUCCGUCCCCAGCAGGCACUCCACCAGGCCGCGAUCCCUUCAUGGGCGGCUCGCCCAUGCCGGGAAUGGAGGGCAUGGCAGGAAUGGAGGGUAUGGACCAAGACCCGAUGAUGCAGAUGAUGUCAAAGAUGAUGGCAGGAGGUAUGCCGGGCGGAGCGGGCGGCGCGAACCCCUUCGCAGGUACGCCUUUGGAGUCACUAUUCGGCGGAGGCGGCGGCGGCGCCAAUCCCAUGCAGCAAGCACAGCAAGCAGCAUCGAACAAGACGGCCAACCUCUGGCGGAUCCUGCACGCAAUCUUCGCCUUGGGACUCGGGCUCUACGCAGCCUUUGCGACGACAUUCACGGGCACCAAGAUUGAACGGGAGACCGCCGCCAUCGAGAGCACGGGCAUGUUCGGAGAGAACAGCAUCGAGCAGACACGAGCAUACUUUUUCUACGUGUUCACCACUGUCGAGGCGGUGUUGCUCACGUCGCGGUACUUCUUGGACAAGAAUAAAUCACCGCCCAGUGGCUGGCUGUGGACUAUCAGUGGUUUCCUGCCAGGUGCGGUUGGAGGAUACGCGCGCCAUUCAUUGCGAUACGGGCAAAUCCUCAGUACUGUGCGCAAUGAUGCGUUGGUCUGCAUCUUUGUGCUGGGCGUUUGCUGCUUGUUGAGAUCAUAG